CCUCCCACCACAGAUAUAUUUAUCCCUCUUUUAUUCAGUCAUCUAUUUCACAGACCUCUGCAAGAGGGGGUUGCAUAAUUUUUCAGCAGUGUAGACAUACUGUAGUCAUCCAUAAAUUUGCAGAUAAUGGAAUAAAGAAAACAUUGUAGAGGGGGAGGGGAGUUGAGUGUGCAAGGUUUGGAGGAGGAACUCCAUGAUUUAAAGAAGAGAAGAGUUCCUGGUUUGCCUGUGAAGAAGAGAGAGAGACAUCCUUAAACCAUCAGAGCCUCCAACAUGAACUAUUGUCACACUUUGAUCUGCUUCCUCUGUCUCACACUGCAGGAUGGAAACACUGGUCUCAUCGAUGCAGAUAUCCUCGUAAAGCAGGGAGGAAACAUCACACAUACAUGUUUCUUCACUUUCUCUGGAAGCAGAAAGAUCUUCUGUAAGGAAGAAUGUGAAGAACAAGACAUCCUCGUUGAAACAGAUGGUGACGGAGCUCAGAGUGGCAGAUACAGCAUUGAAUAUAAAGAAGGAACUUUUCCAAUAUCUUCCACACUUCUGUAUGUGAGCAUCACAAAUCUGGCUAAGUCUGACUCAGGACGGUACAGAUGUAGAUUGGACAGAUUUUUGUUUCCAGAUUCAUAUGAGGAGUUUGACAUCAGAGUUGAAGAUGCUCCAAUCACUUCUAAACCAAAGUGGACUCUCCGACUGUUUUCAACAUCAGUCCCAUCAGCCGCCACACAGAGUUUAAGCUCUAGUUCAGAAAGCUCCACACCUUCAUCAGCCUCCCUUGAAACCGCUAAGCAGAUUCAGCAGCAACAGAAAACAGCAGAUACAGCCACAGGUGCGCUGCUGUAUGUGCGUCUGAUUCUGGUCAUCAUGAUCAUCGUAUCAUCAGCGACUGUGCUGAUAUUCUGCAGGAAGAGGAACUGUAAACCCAAAGAACCUCCUGUGGAGAAUGCUAACACGACAGAGCCUAACGGAGUGUAUGAGGAGAUCAGAGAGGAGGAAAGACGGACGAGAUCUACUCCUGUUGAAAUAUCCACAGUUUACACUUUUCCACUGCAGCCAGUUCUCAGAAGAAAGUAAAUAAAAACUGUAGCAGGAUUUUAGCGUUGGGUUCAGCAAAUCGUAUCAUUAAAAUCAUUGUUUCUGAGCAACAUAACGCCUUUUUGAAGUGAUCAUGUCAUUUUCAGGUUCAUAAUUAUACCAGAACAGGUUUACAUGGUUUAAUUUUCAAAAAACACCAUGUUGUCAUACUGAACAUUGCUGCAGCUCCUCUUUUCACCCUGUGUGUUGACAUCUCUGUAUUAGCUACCGAGUGAAGCAUCUUGCUUAAAUUUGAUCUUUGGAGUUGUGCGUAAACAAUACCUAGUUAAGCCAAUCAGAAGCAGAGUUGGGGGUGGGUCCUGACCAUAGUCCUGAUAAGCCGGUAACCAGGGCUUCGGUUCAGCUGUACAUGUUCUUGAACCAGCUUCGCAACCUAGACUGGAGGAAGACCUCUUACAGUGGUAAGUUAUUAGUUUUUAAAAAAUUUCAUAUGUAAUGUUUUUACUGUGCACUCUCUACAUCGCAAUACAAUUUUUUUUGUCUAUUGACUGCCAAGUACCCCCAGGGGCCCCUAGGCACUGAAGCCCCGAAGGGCCCUCCUCCCAUCCCUAACACCCACACUCUCUAUAACAAAGCUAUUGACACCCAGCAAACUACAGGCACCUGAUAGAGCCUUCGCAACACCAGACUCCACAAACACACACGAUGCUGAGACCCACCUUAAUUAGGCUAUUUGAACUUCCAGGCAAGCUGGCAUGUCAGAUCACACACAUAUUGGUGAAAAGUUGAUGUAAAUGCUCUGUAUUUAUAUAGAGCCUUUCUAGUCUUUUCAAGCACUCAAACACAUCGCAUUCACCAUUCAUACACAGUUGGAGCAGCUACCAGGGGCUCCUAAACUAAGCUAACGUCAAUUCGGGGUUCAGUAUCUUGCCCAAGGACACUUCAACAUGCAGCCCGGAGGAGCCGGAAAAUGACCCGCCGAUCUUUCGAUUAACAGGCAACACGCUCUACCCAAAAUGACUAGUUGAUGACUAGUCCAGCUGAGCAGGCAGCAAGUCUGCCUGUCCAGUUCAAUAAACAAAGUACUGCUAUCUAACUCACAAAUCACAAUACACUUAUACAAUGAAGUCAAUAUCCCAAAUAUGGUUUUCACUGAAAAUAACCCAAGCAGAAAGCACACUAGUAGUAAUUCUGAUACAUGACUGAAGAUACAAUGUCACUACACAACACUGCUGAGUGCAGUUUGCAACAGUCACUGAGCAGGGCAACUUCACACACUCCAAAAGGCACCAUAUACUGCACUUGACAAACUAACUCUCAAAAAGGUUUAUAGCAGCAUCUCACCAUAAUGAUGCAAUACACAUGUUAUGCAGACAGCAUAUAAACAAAAACAGAAAAAAUCAUUAUCUGGUCACAAUCGGAUUAUUUUAUUAUUGUCAUAUUAUUUUAUAAUGACAUCUUAAGAACCAGUAACCAGUUCACAUUGUGAUCAUAAACCUUUGAGGAAGUCCUCAGACUGAAUGUUUAAGUGUGAACGGAGAGAGAGAAAAAGGUGCUGCACUCCAAAACAGAUAAUCACUAUUAGACAUUGAGUCUGAAACGGUCUGCAAGAGAUAAACUUCAACCUCUGUUUGCUUUCUUCCAGACUGAAGAUGACUCAAGUAACUUCACCCACUCUCAGGUGGAUUUUCACAACGGUACAGCUGCCUCAACAGCUCCCCAUGUGGUGAUGCAGAUAUUGUGGUGUACUCUGUGGCUCGAAAAUGACGCUGGAGGGAUCCCUGCAGCAUCGGAGUCAGAGUUUGAAGUGCAUGGCCCCUAACUAAGCUGUCGUAUAUGACGCUUUGGCAGUGAGAGCAGGUUGCUAUCCCGCAUUUCCCCUCUCAGGUGCCAACAGGUGAACAUGAAGUGGUUUGAAUGAAUAACAUUUGCACAAAAAUCUUAUUAAUCUCAUAAUCUCAUUUAUGACAACUGUGCUGUUUGCUUCAAGUUCGAGCUGCUUUUACUACUUCUAGUUUAAGUUCAGAUUGUCCUAAAUAUUUUAGUUAAAUAUAUAUAAAGAUUACUGAAGUAUUCAAAGUAUUUUGAUUUUAAUUUGGGGUUCACACAGACUUCUGUGACACAUUUCCACGACACUUCACUGUCUACAGUUUUCAGUUGCUGCUUUAUUGUAAAGAGCUAUGAUGCGAAGCAAAGUUUGGACCUGUGACAUGAAUGAAAAAGAAAGAGGCAGAUUGAAAGUUGGUACAUUUGAACAAGUGUGGAUGAAUGUCUCACAGAUCCAAACAAAAACCAACUACUGCUUGGAACAAUGUCUUGUACAUUUGCGGAGAAAGUGGCAGGUAGUUUACUUGCACUGUGUUUGCUAUUGAUGGAAACUAGUGUUGCAUGUUAUGCCUACGCUGUAAUGCAAAUAUACUUUCAAAG